UGCGGGUCUCCCCUCCCUCCCCCGGUCCAUCCGGCGGGCGGCGGUCAGUGUGCUCGGCUGCGGCCGCCCGGAGGCUCACUCAGGCCGGCUGCGCUCCUCGCGGUGGUCCGCCCGACGACGACCGAGCGACGCUUUUUGAAUGAAGCGGCGGAAGUGGACAAGAGCCCGUUUUCACGACAUGGAGCCCAGCCGCCACAGCGAGGAGAUGGAGCGAUUGGUCAGUGAACUGGUGACCCUGCUGAAGAUGUUGGACGACGAGAGCGUCAGCGCCGCCACCGCCCACAAGAUGGCGUCCGUGCGCAACAUCCUGGACACGAUGCAGGUGUCGGGCGGCAGCUCGGAUGUGUACGUGAACAGCCGUUUCUACGGCAACGGCACCAGCUUUGUGGAGUCUUUGUUCGACCACUUCGCAGACUGCGAUCUGCACGCGCUCAGUACCUCUCCCGCCCAGCAGAGGGAGGAAGAGGACGAGACGCUGCCCGACAAAUCUUCGCCCACGGAUACGCCCACGGAUACGCCCCCUCCGCUGCCCACCACGCCCCUCCCGGAGGACUACUACGAGGAGGCCGUCCCAAUGGACCCAGCCUCCGCCCCCCAGUACUUCACCACCAACAUGGAUGCAUCUUGCAGGAACUCUGAGGAGGACGCCUACUACGAAGACGCAGACAACAACUACCCCACCACCAGGAUCAACGGACCUCCCAAAAACUCCUAUAACGACUCGGACGCGGUGAGCAGCUCCUACGAGUCGUACGAGGAAGAGGACGAGGAGGCCAAAGCGCAGAGUCCUCCUCAGAAGUGGACGUCCGCGGACGGGACUUCCGGCGCUCCGGUCCAGGACUGCCGGAUUUGCGCCUUCCUGCCGCGGAAGAAGCGAUUCGGACAGUGGGCCAAGCAGCUGGUGGUCGUGCGAGAUAACAAACUGCAGUGUUACAAGAGCAUCAAGGAGCGCACACCCCUCACGGAACUUCCGCUCCGCCAGUGCAGCGUCCUCUACGUCAACAAGGACGGACGCAAGAAGAAGAGACACGAGCUGCGCUUCUCCAUGCCCGCAGGGGAGGUUCUGGUUCUGGCCGUGCAGAGCAGGGAGCAGGCCCAGCGAUGGAUCAAGGUGGCGCAAGACGUUGGCAGCCAUUGUGGCAACACGGACGCCCUCAGCGCAUCAACUUCUCCUGUCGUUCAGAGGAAGAUGGAAAUAGACAAGAUGCUGCAGGCCGACUGGCACGCGUCGGACUCGGACAGCGGGCCCGCCGCUGGGUCGCAAUCGUCCACGCGCGGACCGGCACCGGGACCGGGACGGGACGCCGGUGACGCACUCGGCAAAGGAAAGCGCGGUGGCACCUUGUCGGACUUAACGGGGUCCAUGAGCCGCGCGGCGGGAAAGACCAUCAAUCAAAUCAUCACCUUCUCCAAACGCAAGCCUCCCGUUGCGGGAGAGCCCGCCCCCUCCGGUCGCCACGACAACCCUGGCUGCGGCUAUCUGAGCGUGUGCGUGGGCGGAGUCUGGAAGGAGCGCUGGUGCGCGGUGCGAGGAGGAAUUCUGAAUCUUCAGAGGGACCCGGGCGACCAGCGGGCCCCGGUCAUGGCGGUCCCCCUGCGGGAGGCCGAGGUGGUGCCCGGGGGGCUCGGCCCCAAGCAUCCCUUCUCCUUCCGCAUCCUGCAGGGAGGGGCGGAGCUAGCGGCUUUGGAGGCCAGCUGCUCGGAGAGUCUCGGCCGCUGGCUGGGCGUCCUGCUGGCCGAGACGGGCAGCGGCGCGCUCCCCGAAGAGCUCCAUUACGACUACAUCGACGUGGACACGCUGACGGACAUCCGCCACGCCGCCAGACACUCCUUCCUGUGGGCCACCGCCGCCGCCACUUCCUCCCUCGGCGGCGGCGGCGGCGGCGUCAUGUACGACGAGGUCUACGAAAGUGUGGCGGAUGACGAGGGCGGGGUGGCCGGGGGCGGCCCGGUGAGACGCCACGCCUCCUUUUCCAGCAGGGACUCUGAUAGGACGGAGCAGCAGGCCGCCAUCAAGAGACACGCCUCCAACGUCAACCAAUACGGUCGCUACGGGAAACUGCGCGCCGAGGACGACGCCAGGAGAUACGUGACGGAGCAGGCGGAGCUGGAGCGGCAGAAGGACGCCCUCAGACGCGCCCUCAACGCCCUGCGUGCCGAGAGGAAAACCUUGAAGGAAUUGAAGGACGAUCGCAUCACAGACGGCGGCGUGGAGCGCCGUCUGGUCCAGUUGGAGGCGCUGUGCAAGCAGAAGGAGGAAGAGCGGGUGGAGCUCGAACUGAAGCUGACGCAAGUCAAAGAAAACCUCAGCAAGUCAUUGGCCAGGGGCACCGUGGUGGCCCCGCCCACUAACGCCACGCUCGCCACCAAGGAGCGCGGCAACAAGGCAAACAAAGUUUCCAACAGAAACAACGACAUCAUUCCCGUCAACUCAGCUUCAGAACUCCGAAAACGACCGCCCUCGCUUUACGCCUCCUCCAAGGGAAACGUCAUGCAGAAGGCCAAGGAGUGGGAAUCCAAAACAUGCACGUAAACGCGCAACAUGGAGGAAGAGGACGACACCCAAAGGGACACGCGGACGCCGUGACCUUGAGCGAGCGAACGACGACGGGAUAGGUAAGGAUAGGCCCCGCCCCUCACGUCACCUGGAUAUCAUUAAGAAAGAAGGUGAACGACGACCCGGCGGCGCCCCUUGGCUUCUGAUUGGAUGACUUUUAACUCCUAAAUUAUUCUUAUUAUUUAGUGUAUUAUACUAUUGCACUUUAUGUAAUUGAACUAAAAAGACUUGAUCAACGUCUA